CAAAUCUGCCAAAUCCGCGCCCCUCUCUCUCUCUCUCUCUCUCUCUCUCUCUCUACAAUUCUGCAAAUGUUCCAUUUCCAUCUCAAGCCCUAAACUCACUUCCAUCCCUCAACUAAGUCGCUAUGCAAACUCACCUUCCACACUCACAACUCGUUCCGUUCGACUCGCUCCCUGUCACCUCCAUGGAUUCCGAGUCACAAAAAGCAUGGCACCUCCUCUCCCUCCUCCUCUCACUCGGUCACCCAACUUCACCUCUCGAGCUCGCAUCCCGAUGCACUCUCUUCCGAGCCACUCCCGAUCUUAUCAUAUCUCUCUGCUCCACUCCUAACUCACCCAUCACUUUAACUACCAGCAGCGGCGGUCUUCAUGUAACAGUUUCGCUUCUAGGCCUUUUCGCUUUUCAACGAUUUGUCUCUAAUGUCAACUUGAUUGGCUCGUUUCUGACUCCGAUCGGGACCCAAGUCUGUGGACCUGGGAUGUUAAAGGAUGUUGUAAGGGUGUACUUCAGGAAGCGGAAGCGGAUCGGAUUUGAUUCUGGAGAAGUGGAUGAGAAUUAUGGAUCAGUUUCUCUUCCUUUAAAAAGAAUUCGAAAUGCUUACCCCAAGGUGCACUUCCAGAUAGCUCAAGGUAUCAGCAGGAGCAUUAAUGCUGAGUCAAGUUUCGUGUCUAAUAAAACAAAUAACAUGAUUCUGCCACCUGCCUUAUUCAGCAAAACCAUGGGCAAUAGUGUAAUCUAUAACCUAAGGAACGCCGAACAAGUUGACGAUGAGAUGAAUACAAGUGUUGUGGAAAGCAAGGAGCACAAAAGAAUCAUGGCGCCUAAGCUGGAUGAAGAAUCUGCUCUUCUGAGAAAGAUGUUGGGUAAUCAAGCUGUGUGCCAAGAAAUUAAAGUAGAUGAGGCAGAUUUAAAAAGUAGAACAGAUAUUGAUGCUACUUUUUGGAGGGAAGAUUUUAAACAGAUUACUAUAUUACCAGAAGUGUGUGCAAGUGUUAAUGAUGCUUGUGAUGCUGUAAAUGAUUGUUCCAUUCAAAAAGAAGGAAUUAAAUGCAAGGAAGAGGAACUGUUAAUUGGUUCUCGUAACUUGAAAGGAGAAGCAGAAAACUUUUUCCAACCAAUUGGUACUGCUCUUUUGGAUACACCAAUAGAAGGAGACAGCAAAUGGAUGAAUGAACUGCGACCUUUGGAUAAAGAGGGAGCAACUACUUUUUCAAAGAACCAGGAUAUCUUUCCAGUGAUUGAGCUCCCAGCAGUUAAGAAGCAGUUGUUGAAAACCUCUGCCAAGAUGAAGCUCACUUUUGUAGAAGCAAAGACUCCACCAAGACAUCAAGCUGUUAAUCAAUCUUUGGAGGGGAGUAAGCCAAUACGCACUCCUGGAGAAAACCAUCAAGUUAAGAGAAAUCUCGUGGCAAUUACUAAAGCACAAAAAUCAAGGAAACGUGACAAUAUGCUUAUUAAAGAUGGCAGGAAGGAUGUUGCUUCUUUUUCUCACAUGGAUCAAGUGGAAACCAAGGGCCUGCCAUGCUUUCAGUCUUAUAUUGCAGAAGAGGAAGAAGGUUCAGGUGGUUAUGGCAUUGUUUACAGAGCUCGGAGGAAGAGUGAUGGGACCACAGUUGCAAUUAAAUGCCCUCAUGCAAAUGCUAAUAAGCACCACGUUAGCAAUGAACUAAGGAUGCUGGAGCGCUUUGGGGGUAAAAACUUUGUCAUAAAAUAUGAAGGCUGUAUUAAGAGCGGAAAUUCUGACUGCUUUGUUCUGGAGCACGUUGAGCAUGAUAGACCAGAGGCGUUGAAGAAGGAAAUAAAUAUUUAUCAGCUACAAUGGUAUGGUUAUUGCAUGUUCAGAGCACUUGCUAGUCUUCAUAAGCAGGGGAUAGUCCACAGAGAUGUCAAACCUGGCAACUUCCUUUUCUCUCGCAAGGCCAAUAAAGGUUAUCUCAUUGAUUUUAACCUUGCCACGGAUCUGAGCCAAAAGUACAGAGCAACAAACAAAUUAAAAGCAGGGAAUGAUGUAUGCUUCAAUCAUGUUGCACUUCCCAAUGCUAAAUCUAUUCCUCCUCCUAAAAAUAGUAGGAUUCCAAGUGCUAAAUCUUUGGAUGCAUUCAAUCAAGAGGCAACAAAAAGCUUAAAGAUAACUUUAGAAUCCAAGAUCCAAAAAAAGAGAGCGGUGGAUAGAACAAAGGCCCAGAAUGACUUGAAUGGUCAUAAUGUAAUGAAAAGUCAAGGAGCUGAUGGCUCUGGCAUAACUUCAGUGAAGGAUGGGACAAGUACUAGGACUCCUUCUGUAGAAAGGCCCAGAGAGCCUUUGCCAUGCCAAGGUAGGAAGGAACUCAUCAACUUGUUGCAGGAAGCAAUGCAGAGUCCAAAUCGCGAAGGAUCAAGUGUUCCAGCUUCUAUGAGAAAGAGGAUUGCUGCGCCUCCUCGAAAAGUGGAUGAAAGAUUUAUUUACCUUACUCCAAUGACUCUGCAUUCAACUGGAAUUGCUAGUCCUGGUACCUGCUUAAUUAAGAACAAAGAAGAUGGGAAGCACAAGAAAGAAGGUCCAUGUGUUGGAACCAAAGGUUUCCGGGCUCCAGAGGUCUUGUUCAGGUCUCCCCAUCAAGGACCCAAGGUUGAUAUUUGGUCUGCAGGGGUCACCUUACUCUACCUAAUGAUAGGAAGAACACCCUUUUAUGGCGAUCCUGAACAGAACAUGAAGGACAUAGCCAAGCUAAGAGGAAGUGAAGAUCUGUGGGAAGUUUCAAAGUUACAUGACCGGGAAUCCUCAUUCCCAGCGGAACUAUAUAAAAUAGAGUCUUUUCCAUCUACGACUCUACAGGAAUGGUGCAAAAUAAACACAAAAAGACGGGAUUUCCUUGAUAUAAUUCCAAGCUCGCUUAUUGAUCUGGUGGACAAAUGCCUGAUAGUGAACCCAAGAUUGAGGAUCAGUGCAGAGGAUGCAUUAAAGCACGAGUUCUUUUCUCCAUGCCAUGAGAGUUUAAGAAAGCAUAGGCUCCUCAGGCAAGGGCUCAGCUUGGACUCUGGAACUAGUCUUCCUUCACAUGGACAAAGGCACAAAGCAAUGGAAAAGGAAUGCCUGUGAAGAUUUCUCAUCAGCAAGCUUGAUUUAGGUAUAUGGAUUGGUACUCUCUUCUAAACUUAAACUGAUCUUAGGUUAACCCACUUCUUGUAGCUAAAUGUGCUACCCAUGCCAUGUAAGCUUGAGUUCUUUUUGUCAGUCUUUUCAUCCCAAGUAAAAUUUUGCAGUGUUGUAUCUGCAUUGCUCCGAAACGCUGAGAAAUAGUAGCUCUUACUACAAUCAAGUGUACGUAAAAAAGCCUUCUAUGCACAGUGGCAAUAUGCUUAUUCUUUCCCUAAUAUAAACAUUCGCUUUACUGAUUUUUAGCAGCA